AGAUUAAGAUUUCUUCUAUUUGUUUGUUUUUACAGGAUUCAAAAACCAAGACAACACCAACCAAACCACAGUCUCAGCAAAUGCUGGAGUUGCUCUAUGAUCACAGAAAUCAAAGAAAUCCAUUCAAAGUACCAAACAAGAACCAAGAAUUAUCAUCUGUUAAAGAACUGAAUGACAGAGAGGACAAAAAUCAAAUAAAAAAAGAACAUGAGAAAAAAGAAACUGUAGAGUUUGACAAAGAGGCCCUUCAAAAAUUAUCAUCUGAAACCAAAAGAAAAGAGCUUCUAACAACGCUGAAGAUCAAGAACACACAGUUUGGAGGAAAAUGUGAGAACUCAUAUGCAGGAGCAAUAGAAAACCAAGCAAAAUCAAGUGAUGCCGUGUCUGUAAGGGAGAAAGAGACAUCUUUUAAUGGAUAUAAAUAUCUGGGUAAAAAGGCUGAGAUGCCUCCUGGUCACACUGGACAUGGUUCAGCUGUGAGAACUGCUGGAGUUGAUGCGCAGAAAGAAAAAAGAUCAUUGCAACCAUUGCUAAAUUUCAAGAUCCAGAAAUCCAGUGGCAGGCCCAUUGAUGAGGAACAGUCUGGCAAAGGGGUUCCAGAAAUCUGCAAGGACAAAAGAAUAACAACGAAAACAAAUGGCCAUUGGGGAGCUGAAAAAGAGACAGGAGUGUCUAGAGAUCAUGCAGCUGUUCAGGAACUGACAGGCUCUGUUCCUGGAGCACCACACAAAGGAAAUCCAGAGAAAUCAUCAGAACGGUUACAGAUGGGAGUCACUCCGGGAGAGAAAGACUGUGCCACUAAAAAUGUUAGCAGUGGUGAAUGUGACAAAUCUGUGCCUUUCGAAUUACCUGUUGUGCAAGGAUUUGAAUUCCAACAAGGAAAAGACAGCAGUCAAAAGAAACUGUCGCCCACAUUGCCAGAACUGGCCUCUUUGCAGAUCACAGAAAAUGUGGAUUCCAAAGCUCUUCACCACCAACUUUCAGCUCAGCUGGAGCAGAAAAAGAAAACUUUGAAAUUGGUGAAUGUUCAGGCACUGCCAGAUAAAGGCGAACGAUUAUUAAAGCAAGUGGAAGAGCUGGAAUCUGCACUUAGCUCUCUGAACUUGGAGACAGAAGAAAAUGCAAAGAGUGGUAAGCAUUUUAAUUCAUCAUUUGGAGCCAGUGUUCCAAAUCUACAGUCCAAAAUAGGUCUGGACAGUUAAAAUUCAUAUUGGUCC